AAAAAAGGAAAGUAUUAAUAAAUGAAAUCUAUAGUUCUUUUAGUAUUGGUUGCAACAGCCUUCGCUACAAAUUUAGCUGCUUUUGAAAAACUUGAAUAAUCAAAACUUGGAAAGACAUUGUUAAAUACAAUAGCUAUCUAAAUGUAAACAGGUGAGCCACUUGAAAGAAUUUUCUCUACACUUUAUGAUUUGGAAGAAAGAUAUUAAAAUGAUUAAAGAGAAGAUGAUGCUGAAAACAAAGCUUUCUAAGGAGUUUGUGAUGCUGAUCUUGCUGGUCUUAAUUAAGAAAUUGCUAAUCUUGAAUAAAGAGAUACAGAAUUGUAAGCAAAAUUAGAUGAACUUUAACCAGUUCAUGACUAAAAGGUUGGAUAAAGAGUUGCAAAAUUAGCUGAAAAGGCACUUCUUUAAAAAGUUAUUGAUGAAACCUCAGCUAAGAGAUAAGAAUAAAAUGAUGACUUUGAAGCUUAAAGAGAAGAAUUCACAUUUGUUUCAGGUGUUCUUGCUGAAGCUAGAAGACUCUUUACAGACAACUUAUAAGCCCCAGCUUUCUUAUAAAAGGGAUCUAGUGAAACUGUUCACUACACUCCAUAAGUAUUUGCUUAAGUUGCUAACCACUUAAGUUCUGCUGCUCAUAAGGCUGGAUAAAUGAAACACGUAAGAACAUUCGGAAAAGCAAUUAAACUUAUGGCUUAAUUAGCUGUCAAAGCCUAAUAAUAUGCUAAUUAAGAAUUAACAGGUAGAAUCAUUCAAUUAAUUGAUGAUUUAUAAAAUUAAUUAAGUUAAGCUUUUGAUUUAGCAAGAAAGACUGAAGAUGCAAGAAGAUAAGCUUAUGAAGCAUACAAUACACUCUUAAAUAGAGAUAUGAAUAAACUUAACUCAGCAAUUGCUAAUUUAGAAGCUGAAAUCUAAUCAUUAGCUGAUUAACUUGCUGCAACUCACAGUUCAUAAGAUGAUAAUGCUGCCAGACUUGAAGCUAAGACAUAAUAAAGAGACGACAGAAGAGCUGAAUGCUAAUAAGCUGCUUAUGAAUACUAACAAAGAAGAACCGCAAGAGAUGGAGAUAGAUAAACUGUUUCAGAUUUGAUUGGACAUUUAAAUUCAAAUAUGAGAGACUUAAAAGAAUAUAUAGCUAUGAGAGUUGCUGCUGGUGACAAUAGUUUGAGUUAAUGAUCUGAUUCAAUUAUCAAUAAAAAUAAUUUUUUUUAAAAAAUCAC